GUUUUAAAUAGUUCGGCAGGUGGAUAACAUUAACCCUGUUAAAUCCUCCAACUGUAGAAUGAUCUGAAUUCUUUUGGAGACAAAAGUAAAAUCAUCAUCGUUCUCAAUUUGAGGCUACAAACAUCGUCAUCAUCCGUCCAAACUGACACAAACGGACGCAGUGUGUGUCGCCCCUCCCUCAGUGACCCCCAAACCUCCGUCACAGAGUCUCACUGUUCGGUUCUCAUCCAAACAUGCAGCAAAAACACUCUUUGGUUGACAGGAUGGCUGCAGCGUCACGUCCAUCACCUCUGGCCUUCAUCACCUUCAUCUUCAUCCUGUCAGGUGGGCCGCUGAUGUCUGUGUCCUGUUUUAAAGUGACAGAAGGGGGCGUGGCCUCUCUGUCCUGUCAGUACUCCGUGAAGCGAUUCGGUCUGAGUCGGGUCUGUUGGGGUCGAGGCUGCGGGACCUUCUGGUGCAACAACAUCCUGGUGCAGACAGACGAGAACGGCGCCAUCUCCAAGGUGGACGGCAGAUAUCAGCUGACAGGGGACAUCCUGGAUGGACAGAUGGACCUGGAUAUCCUGAAUGUGCGGAGGACGGACAGCGGGCCGUACUGCUGCAGGGUCAACGUUGACGGCCUGUUUAACGACAAGAAGAUGAUCAUGAACCUCAGAGUGGUCAAAGCUCCAUCCACCAAUCCUCCUCAAACAACCACAACCACGGUGAUGACAACCAGCAGAGUCACAGAGGCGAGCGCCACUGAGGUCUCCACGGAGCUGACCACCACAGUAAACUGGAAAACCCUGCUGUCGUCCCAGCUGGACCUGCUGAGGAGGAACUCCACGUUGCUGCGCUCUGACGCCAUCGCUGUGGAGGAUCCUCUACCGUCCCUGUCUCUUCAGAUCAAUGCUCCUGUCCUCUCGCUCUCCCUCAGCGUUUUGCUGCUCGUUGCUGCAGUUUUCCUCUUCCUGGCCUUCAAACGUAGGAUCUACAGAGGCGGUUUAAAGACAGGAUGUUUGUCUUCAGACGAACCUCCUCACAUCAUCUACGAGAUCCGCAUGAGGAGACCAGUGCAGGAGAACAUCUACACUCUGGACUAGAACAUUUAUGGCACAGAAACAAACGGCCUCUUCACAAAGACAGAACUAUAAAAGCGUCCGGAUCCAGCCUGGGAUUUUAUGUUUUACUUUUAAUGAGUCUGACUCUUUAACUGCGGCUUAAAGCAAAAUUUGUCCAUACGGGGAUGAUUUUGUUUUGAAAAAGUCUGUUUUCUUGGGUUGUAGAUGUACAAUGGAAAACAUUGAAGAUAUGAGUGUAUAAUCAGGACUCAAACAGAAUCAUUCACACGGACCAGAUAUGCUGAAUAAGAGCUGCAGUUUGCAGUUAACAUGUUUUCAAUUUUUGUGUUUUAAAUGCUUUGUUCCUUCAGUAUGAUUUUACUGUUGGUAGAAAAAACAAGCAAGUUUCCGAUGCUGUGUUUGCUGAUUUCCGAUAAAGCCCUGUGUUUGUUUCAGCAUGUGAGACUGAGGCUGGAAGGAUUAUUCAUAAAGUUUUAACCCCCCAUGGACUUGUAGCUGCAUUUCCAUUGACCAUAAAGUUGUACAAAUUGCAGUUACAAAAAUAAACUGGCUUAAUGGAAACGCA